AUGGACUAUGACGUCAUCGCAAACCAACCCGUGGUCAUCGACAAUGGUUCGGGCUCGAUUAAAGCCGGCUUUGCCGGUGGACAGUCUCCGAAAGUUCGAUUCGCAAAUUUUGUGGGUAGGCCGAAGCAUACAAGAGUUAUGGCUGGAGCGCUAGAAGGCGACAUGUUCAUAGGUCCAAAGGCCGAGGAGUAUCGAGGACUUCUCUCACUGAAAUAUCCUAUGGAACAUGGUAUAGUCACAGAUUGGAAUGAUAUGGAGAAAGUCUGGCAGUACAUAUAUAGUCAAGAACAAAUGAAUGUGAGUUGCGAACCUUGUUAG